AUGAAGGAAUACUUGUCUAUCGCAAAAAACCCGGAUGUACCAUUCACCGAUGAACACGUGUCUCAAGUUGUUUCGUUUUUUGAUGCAAUAAUAGCGGCGCUUUCAUCCAUAUCAGAUAGCGCAUCAGGCCCCCUCACCAGGGACAAAAUUUUAGAGGAGACGCUCUCUCUAAUGGAAAGUGCAUUGGAGCGGAACCCUCAUAAGAUGUUAUACAUGGCUUUAGGGCAAUACUAUUGGCGUGAAGGCAAGCUAACUGAUGCACAGAAACAUUUGGUUUACACGCAAGACGUGGAAGUGAUAUUCAAAAUGCUUGAAGAUUGGGCUUCAAGUGUACAGGAACACGAGAAACCAUUAGUUUAUCUGCGUUGUGUGCUGAUUCAGUUGGCCAUUGGCGACUUUUCCGGGUCCAAGUGCCUAUUGCUCAUGCUAAAUCAGGAUUUCGAGACAGGGGAGUCGGUGAGUACGUUUCACACUCGUUUGACAUUUAUUAGGUUCCCCUUCCGCUGCAACUCGCAUACAUUUUGUCUGAGAUGUGCGAGGAACCGGACUAUCAGCUGUAUAAGAUGGCAUGCAAGGUUUACAAGCCCAUCAUCGACGCAGAUCCUAACUUCCCGCGCUUGA